CGGCACCUGGCAGAGCGUGGGAGAGGGAGAGAACGACCCGCAACAGAGCUCGUCGAUUGCGUUUACCGUUUUGCCACUCAGUUCACGUGUGACUAGCAAAAGUUAAACUGACAUACGAGAGAGAAUUCGCACAGCAUAAUGGCGAAUCGGGAAUUACAACUAAAUUCGGGCAUGAAGUGCGCCAAAUACAUGCUCAUCAUCGUGAGCUUUAUGUUUGCGCUGACCGCCAUCCUCCUGAUAAUGGUGGGAACCACCAUCCAGGCGAUCUUCGGCGACUUCAGCGUCUUCAUCGAUGGACACUUCUCGUCGCCCCCGGCGCUCCUCAUCGCCAUCGGAUUCAUUCUGAUCGCAGUGGCCAUGCUGGGAGCCUAUGGAGCCGUCAAGGAGAGUGUGAUGCUCAUUAACCUGUACGGAGUGUGCCUGUUUUUGGUCUUCAUCCUGGAGGUCUCUGCUGCCAUCGCCGCCUUCGUGAUGCAAUCGCAGGUCAGGGGAAUGUUGAUGCGCACGAUGCACGAGGCCCUCGCCCAAUACGACCACGAUCCCUAUGUUAAAGCUGGUGUCGACCUCAUGCAAUCCGGGCUCGAGUGCUGCGGAGUGACGGAGCCGGAGGACUGGAAGGACAACUACGCCCCCAACAAGAACCUGACCCUCGGAUCCGACGACGUGGUGGUGCCGAACUCCUGCUGCGGCAGCACGGUUCCCGAUCUGAACGACGACUUGAUGGGCACCUGUGUGGAGACCUUCGACUACGGCUGCUUCCGCAAGAUGAACUUCAUCGUGUCGCAGAGCGCCAUGCUGAUAGCCACCGGAGCCACCACGGUGGCCUUCGUCCAGCUGCUGGGCGUCCUCUGCGCCUUCAUGUUGGCCAAGACCCUCCGCAGGAACAAGUCGAUCCGCGAGGCCCGUCGCUGGCAGCUGCAGCAGAGCCUUGGCGUUCUCAUCUCCGGCGGAAAGAUGGCUCCGCCCCAGAACUCCGCGGUCACCGGCUACCAGCAGCUGGACAACGGCGAGCAGGGCUCCCACGAACCCUACACCUACACGCCCCAGAGCCCCAGUGUUAACUAGGCUUCUAGCCACAGGCGUCCUCUGAAGCCAUAUAUUUAUACCGUAUAGCACACCCAAAGAGAUCCGUUUGUAAAUGUAACUUUUUAUCUUGUUAACGAAAAACUUAGUAAAACGAAAUAAACGCAGUGGUUCUAGGACUACUUGCUGAA